CCUCUCAAGCUCCCCGAAGCUCGAACACAACACACCAUCCAUCACACACUGUUUCUACCGUCUCCCCUCCUCAUUCUUCGCCGAUUUUAUUUGUUCCGAGACUUCCGCCUUUUUGUUAUCGUCAUGAAGACGGCCAUUCUCCUCGCGGCGGGCUCGCUGCUCGGCCCCGCCACCGCUGGGGUCCACAAGAUGAAGCUCAAGAAGAUUCCUCUGUCGGAGCAGCUUCAAUACGCCAACAUCCAGGAGCAGGCGAGGGCGCUCGGACAGAAGUACAUGGGCAUCAAGCCCGAGUCGCACGUCGAGCAGGUCUUCAAAGCGCCUUACAUCGCUGAUGGAACGCAUCCAGUUCCCGUUACAAACUUCCUGAACGCUCAAUACUUCUCCGAGAUCUCCCUCGGCACUCCUCCACAGGACUUCAAGGUCAUCCUCGACACCGGGAGCUCCAACCUUUGGGUUCCCUCAUCAGAGUGCAACUCGAUCGCCUGCUACCUCCACAGCAAGUAUGAUUCCUCGGCGUCGUCGACAUACAAGAAGAAUGGCACUUCGUUCGAGAUUCGCUACGGAUCUGGUUCGCUUAGCGGCUUCGUGUCGCAGGACGUCUUUCAGAUUGGCGACCUGAAGGUCAAGCACCAGGAUUUUGCCGAGGCUACCUCCGAGCCCGGUCUCGCUUUUGCCUUCGGCAGGUUCGACGGCAUCAUGGGCUUAGGCUACGAUACCAUUAGCGUGAACAAGAUCGUUCCGCCGUUCUACAACAUGCUGGACCAGGGCCUGCUGGAUGAGCCGGUCUUUGCUUUCUACCUCGGUGACACCAAUGAGGGCCAGGAGUCUGAGGCUACCUUCGGAGGCAUCGACGACAGCCACUACACUGGCAAGCUCACCAAGAUUCCAUUGAGGCGCAAGGCGUACUGGGAGGUCGACCUUGACGCAAUCACCUUUGGCAAGGAGACCGCUGAGAUGGACAACACUGGUGUCAUCCUUGACACUGGCACCUCCCUCAUUGCUCUGCCCUCCACCAUUGCUGAACUUCUGAACAAGGAGAUUGGCGCCAAGAAGUCGUUCAACGGACAGUACACUGUUGAAUGCGACAAGCGUGAUGGUCUGCCCGACCUCACCUUUACGCUCACUGGCCACAACUUCACUAUCGGUCCUUACGAUUAUGUCCUCGAGGUCCAGGGCUCGUGCAUCUCUGCCUUCAUGGGCAUGGACUUCCCUGAGCCUGUCGGUCCUCUUGCAAUUCUUGGUGAUGCUUUCCUCCGGAAGUGGUACUCUGUCUACGACCUUGGGAACUCCGCUGUCGGACUUGCCAAGUCGAAGUAAGCGGAGCAAGGGGCGACCGAUAUGAUGGGAUAGGCUGGGUACGGGAAUCUGGGCGGCGUACUCGGAUGGUCUGUAAAUGCAAUGACAGCGCCUGGCUCAAAUUGUAGUAAUGGGAACCCGCCAUUUCUUUUGUUCAUUGCUUUGCAAAGCCUGUACCAAUAGCCAAAUUGAGGUGACCGAG